AUGAGGAUUGAAUCAGGCUCGCACAUUGGAGAGAAAAAUGUGGAGCAGGCAGUACUUCGGCCAACCAGAAUUCUAGCCCGGAUGUGCAGUUUGCUCCGCGGUCCAAUCGGUUUCCAGCCAGCACAAACACACAGCUCUCGUGGGCUUCGUUUCGGAAGACGGCUGGUUAUUUUGCAUGUAGAUUGGGUGACGGCGACGGGAGUAGAGAGGUCUGGACUUUCUCAAACCCAGCUUUCUGAGCCGAUGCGAGGAAAGUCUCCAAUACCAGGUUCACGUCGGAAGGCCCGAUUACGUGGCCUGACCAGGCGGGCAGACGAACAGAGCCGUCAUCGCGAUUAG